AUGUUUGACUCUCGGCACUCGGUAUCUGGCGUUCGGUACUCGCGGCCCCGCAAGUCCUCGCCUGCCUACUAUUCCUCCGCACUCGUAUGUACUGUCGCCUUGCAGCACUCGACGGAAUACAAGAGUGCAAAGUUGUGGACCGUUAACGAGAAUGACGAUAAAAUCUUGGUCGAAAAAUCAUCCAUUCACGCGAAUCAUAUGCCCUCAGACAACUUUAGCAAAAUGGCUCCUGUUUCCUUAGCCCCUACUAUCAGCCAUCAGCAGCUGGACUCUCGCAUUACUCUUGCUGAGCAACUUGCCCAAUCACCACCUGUAGGACCCGUAGUCCUCAUGAACGACCACUUUCUCGACACCUGGCGGAAGAGCGGCGAUAUUCUCAAGAAGCAACCCGACUACAUCUCUACUCAACUGCACCGAUCUCUCGAUGGGCACUUUCUUGUCAAUUAUGCGGUGUGGGAGACGGACGAAGAUGUGAAAAAGGGAUUAGAGUUGGAGGAGUUUAAGAAGGUUCUAGAGGCUCUGCCUUCUGGCACAGUUUUCAAGCCUGCUGUCAUGCGCAAGAUUGCCGUAUCAGGCAACUGUGUUGCUUAGGCGCCACUUGGUUGUAUCUAGGACAACCUACUUGUAUGGUAAUUCUGAGUGCCCGGAAAAAAGGAAUAUCUCG